GCGCGCAUAUUAGCUGAUCUCCAUCGAUGGCACACUACUACUACUACUACUACUAAACAUGUCUGUGUGUUUGAGAGUUAUGGAGCUGGUUACCAGCUACACAUCUGGGUACGUGAGCUCUUUAACGCACGUUACUACUUUACAUGGAGGAUCUAGCUUCAGGCUGCACCCUGCAGCUCAGAUGUGACUAACUGCUUCAUGUCUUUAUAUGGUGAGCAGGACACCAGAUCUCACAGAGCAUGGAUAAAGGGUGGUUUAUUGGACAUGAGAGGAUUCCCCCUUCAGAGGAGGAGGAGGAGGCGCCCAGCUCUGGCAGCAGCGUCUCAAGGCGCUGCAUGACCAUCAACCUGACUGAAAUGCUUCGAGCAGACACACCCAGUGCAGCAAAGAAGCCGGUUCCAAUCCGGCCCCCGAGCCCCAGAGUCUCUGUGCCGAGAGGACCAGAGCUCCACCGCAGUCUCUCCUGUGAACCCACGCCCAAACCCAUCAUCCGGCAACGGUCACGCUCUCUACCUCCCGCCACAGAGAAGAAGAAGCAUUGCAGACACGUUGGCGUACGGUUUGUUGACUCGUUGGGGCUCGACCUGGAAGACAUCAAGCUGUUCAAAUCUGGAGAGGAUCCAUUUGUGCCUCAUCACGUCGCCUUCAGAUUGCUGAUGGGUGCAGAGUUGGCAGAUGGAAGGCAUCUGGAGAUAUCCUUGCCAUACAUGAAGCCAGUUUUCGCCCAACAACCUGGCGACCAGCACGGAUUCCUGCAUCGCCUCCAUGAGCAGAAAGUGUGUCUGGAAAGAGUGUUGUGUUGUGAACUGGGUGUCAUCGGAAUCGCCCAGGUCCUCAAUUUGGGCUUUGAGAAAGAAGUCAUAGCUCGCUAUUCAUUCACAGAGUGGAGGAGCUGCACAGAAACUAAGGCCUCUUGGGUGUCCACCAUCACCAAGACCUUGGAAGGAAGAGAGGGCCAACUCAGUUGUGAUACAUUUCGUUUCCACCUGCCUGUUCCUCCGUUCCUGCAGCCAGGAGCAGUGUUACAGUUUGCCAUUCAAUACAAAGUCAGUGGGGCUGAAUACUGGGACAACAACGAUGGAGAGAAUUAUAAGUUAGUUUGCCAUAACUACAAGCUCACUGUGCCCAAAGAAUGCGAAGAUAGCAUGGUGCACUUCAUUUAGGAUGCUGACGAAAGGUAGAAGAAAUCUAUUUAGAACACUUUAUGACUGUUGUCAGCAAGACCUACUGUAUUAACAACUGCAUUGUGACAUAAUGUUCAUUUUGUUAAACUAACAGAGGAUUUCUGUGAAUCAGGUUAGAUUCAAGAUAAACUGUCAACUCUAAUGCACUUCUCCCUGACGCAAAUUUUAGUGCCACUGUUUUUGUUUUCUUUUUAAAAAUUGCACUCUAUUAUUUGAUUUUCCUGGCUAUUUGGGAAAAAUGCACUUUAAUGUGGCACAUCAAAUGGAAGUGACAUCCACUGAGCAUUACAUACUGUACACAUUCAGUGAAAUUGAAAUGAAUGCACGUCAGUCCACUGUU